GUGCUCGGCUUACUGGUGUGGGCUCUCAUUGCCGACACAACGUACCACCUCCACGCGGCAUAUGGCUGGGUGAUGUUCGUGUCCAUCUUCUUCUGGAUAUUAACAGUCCUUUUCUUCAUGACUUACCUCCUGCAGCUUCAGCUGAAGUUCUACAUGAUCCCUUGGCCCCUUGUGCUGAUGAUCUUCAAUGCUGCAGCGACCGUCCUGUACGUCUCUGCCUUUGUAACUUGUGUGGCUGCCGUCCAGCCUACAUCCUGGCGGCAGUGGGAUUACAACCGACCGUAAGUAGCGGCGUUCUUCGCCUGCCUCGCGAUGAUUGCCUAUGGGGCGAGCACCUUCUUCAGCUUCCGUGCCUGGAAAGGGCUGGGCAGCAACGCGGCCACCAACCAAGUGACUGACCAUGUGUAA